AUGGCUCGUUCCCUACAAGUGCCAGAGGCAGGACAGACUCUUGUUCGGGUGGCCAACUUCUCCGACAAAGCUCUCACCUUACGAUCACCUCUCCCUGUUGCUGAAUACCAUACCGUCAGCGGUGUAAGUGGCAGUGCUACUCCUACAGAAAUUGGCGUUAGUCCAGCAGCACCUAACCAUCCAUACUGCUCAGUUAUAGACAGAAAUAUUGAGGAUGAUAAGCAGGAAAGUACAGAAAGAGAGAAUAGAAGGGCAAAAGUUAUCCAGCCAAGUUCAGAUGGGCUUUCAGAUGAGCAGAAAAGGCGGUUUAUUUCUGGAUUCUCGAUCGUCGCAGAACCACUCUACGAAUUGUCGAGGAAGGGUGUUUCUUUCCAGUGGCAGAUGGAACAAGAAAGUGCCUUCAAUGAACUGAAACAUCGCUUGACCAUUGCACCCGUCUUGGCAUAUCCCGAUUUUAGUCCUGAUGCAGGAUUAUUCGUACUUGACACAGAUGCCAGCCAACCCUUGGGCAUUGGCGUUUUUUUAUCUCGAUUGCAACGCAAUGACACUGAGCGUGUGAUAGCUUACGGGAGUCGUUCUUUGAAUGAGCAGGAAAAGAACUAUUGCGGGACUCGAUUAGAGAUGCUAGCUCUGAGUGGAGGAAACCAGCUGUUGAGGAACUUCACGUCGAUGCGCUGUGCUGCUCGUGCUGUCUGGGCCCAGUUUGAACUGUUGUUGCUACAACAGCGGGUUCUCUAUAUAAAGUCAGCUGCCCACACUACUCAAGCUAAACUGAGGAUGGUUGUACCGAAACAGUUAGUGGAGCAGGCCCUUGUCGAAGUUCAUGAUGGCGUUGCUGGCGCCCACCUUGGAGGAAUGGAGAGUCUAAUGAAGAUGAAAGCUAGAUUCCGGAGGCCUGGCACGACCAAAGAGGUGCAUUGUUACUACGAUCUAUGUCUGACAUGUGCCAAGUGUAAGCCAAGGGCGAAACCCAGAGCACCACUGUGGUCAUUUACCUCUGGCAACCCCAUGCAACGCAUCCAUAUUGACAUUGUUGCUCCCUUGCCACGGUCUCGGAGAGGAAACCGCUACAUUUUAACAGUUCAGUGCAGUCUUACUAACAGGGCUGAGGUGUUUGCAAUGUCCAACCAGCGUGCCACAACCUCUGCAAAGGUGCUUGUAAGGAACUGGAUCUGCAGAUCUGGUGUGCCUGACAGCAUUCAUAGCUAUCAAGGCCGUAAUUUCGAGUCAAGAACAUUCUCGGAAAUGUGCCAAAUCUGCAAAGUAUUAACAAGACGCUGCACAAAACCUUAA